AUGACCUGGACCGGCAUCCUGAUGCCGCGCGGCGUGCCGCUGCCGGUCAUGGCGAAGCUGCGCGAGGCCAUGCUCAAAGCCAUCACCGAUCCGGCCUAUGUCGAGCGGCAGGCCCAGGGCGGCUCGGAAAUCGCGCCCUGCACGCCCGAAGAGAUGCGCCGCAUCAUGGUCGCCGAGAUCGAACUCUAUCGCGAGAUGAUGAAGAUCGCCGGCAUCGAGCCGGAAUAG